AAUAUUCUUGAGAGCAAGAUAGCAGAGGUUAUGCCCUCCUUCCACCAGAGUCAGAAGCUCACUGAAGACAGAAGGAGCUUUACUUUUGCAUUCAGAAGCUGAAAGAAGACUGUAGAGCUAUCACAUGAAAACAGGAACGGGCUAGCUAGUAAACGUUGACCUCGUUUGGGUCCAGGGAAGCAAGGAGAUUAGGAAUCAAUGGUCAGGGGCAGUCAGGUUCAGGAAUCAACAGGAUGCUGUGGAAACGGGGUCCUUGGAGGAUGACAAGUUAGUAGACUUUCAGGCUGGGUUUCCUUUAAAUGCACCACCCAGGCAUUUCUCUGAUAACUUGAAGUAACCCACGACCUAGUCCCCCAGUAUAUAUUGCUGGUUGCCACUCUUUCCCGUCUAUCUUUCCUCUGUGCUGGAGGCUUGUGGAGUAUCCCUGGGGUCUAAACCACAGCUAGAACCAAUACUGACCUCAGAACUCCCAUCAACUCACCACAAAGUAGGACGUGGCUGUGCCACAGGAAAAAAGUCUGCAGACAUUAAAAGUAGUUGAAGAACUUGGGAAGAUGAACCCUGAAGAGUCUUCCAAAUCACAACCAUCCAAUACACAUAUACGCCCUGAGGUUUACUUUGCCACUGGACUCCAGGAAGAAGAGAAGGCAGCUGUGAACAAACGUAGCCCCAAGGUGUUGGAGGCUCUGCAAAAGCUGAACAUCCAGGCUGAGCAGGCUCCAGUCAUUGCUGUCCUAGGCUCUGGUGGGGGGCUGCGGGCCCACAUCGCUUGUCUUGGGGUACUGAGUGAAAUGAAAGAACUUGGCCUGUUGGAUGCUGUCACAUACCUCGCAGGGGUCUCCGGGUCCACUUGGGCAUUGUCUUCAUUCUACAUCAACAAUGGGAAUAUGGAAGGGAUGGAAGAGGAGCUGAAACAUCGAUAUGAGCACAAUAGGUGGCCCUUUGGAGAGAGCCUGAAGAAAGCCAUACAGUCAGCAAGGAGGGAGAAUUACUCCAUGACUGAUUUUUGGGCCUAUUUUGUUGUUUCUAGGCAAACCAGAGAGCUGCAGGACUCCAAUUUGUCCAGCAUAAAGAAACAAGUGGAAGAAGGCCUGCUGCCUUACCCAAUCUUUGCAGCCAUCGAUGGUGACCUUCAGCCUGACUGGAAGAAGAGAAAAACUCAGGAGUCCUGGUUUGAAUUCACCCCUCACCAUGCUGGCUACCCUGCACUUGGGGCUUUCGUUCCCAUCACACAGUUUGGAAGCAGAUUUGAGAAUGGAACACUGCUUAGUCCUGAGCCUGAGAGAGACUUGACUUACCUGAGAGGUUUAUGGGGAAGUGCUCUAGCUGAUAUUGAAGAUAUUAAGAAAUAUAUUUGGGACAUGUUAAGGGAUCUGAGAGAAAAAUUGAAGCAGAAAGAGGUUAAAGCAGCGACAUGCAUGGAAUCUCCAGAGGUGCAGGUGGAUGAGGCGCUCUUGGAUUUAAUGAUGGCUUAUGUCAAAGAUCAGAAUGACCCCAGCAUCAAGGAUAAGCUCCGGGCCCUGCAGCAGGUUCUGAGUGCUGAGAGAGAGGAAACUAUUGCUCUACAACACAGUCACUGUCAGGUGACCACAAGUGAUGAGGUGGAGUGGGCUAAACAGUGGCUCUUGGGAGAUGGCAUGGGUCCAUCCUGCAGCGGGUCAUCAGCUGGGUUUCUUGUAGCAGAUGAGUUUGGCAAACAGAGAUACAUCUGGCUGGCUGAGAUAGUCCAGAAUUGGGAUGAGAUCUCUCCCAAGGAGAAGGAGCAGUUUCUGGAAUAUCUGUUGUACUGCUUAAUGAGGCCACGAGAGCUUCAUGAGGGCGCCAAGUCCAACUCGAUGAGCCGGAUUGAGGGUUCAAUCCAGGAUGUUUUUACUUUUCUGAGUAAAACUGGAAUUUGUUGUUGGAGGUGGGAGUGGGGAACUGUCUACAACUUCCUCUACAAACACGGUAACAUCACAGAUGAGGCCAUACAGAGCCGGGAGUUUCUGCAUCUGGUGGACGCUGGUUUAGCCAUCAACACUCCCUACCCGCUUGUUCUGCCUCCAGCUCGUGAAGCUCACCUCAUCCUCUCGUUUGACUUCAGUGCUGGGGACCCGCUAGAGACCGUCAGGGCCACAGCAGACUACUGCCGAUGCCAUGCAAUCCCUUUUCCUGAAGUGAGGGAGGAUCAGCUGAAGGAAUGGGCCAAAGCCCCAGAGAGCUGCUACAUCCUCAGAGGGGAGACUGGACCUGUUGUCAUGCAUUUUACUCUGUUCAACAUAAACAACUGUGGAGAUGACAUUGAGACGUGGAGAAAGAAAUAUGACACAAUGAAACUCUCUGACUCCUACACACCAGAUCUGGUGGAAGAUUUGCUGAGAGUGUCUAAGGAAAAUGUCCAGAUGAACAAGGAUAAUAUCCUCAAUGAGAUGAGGAAAAUAGCUGUGAAACCUGUCACCUUCCCAGGGGUGACUAAGGAGGACUGCUGGGGAGACACAGUGCAGCAUGCCCAACGCUCUCGGACUGUGGAGAUCAAGAUGUCCAACAACACGGACAUAACAUUCAGUGAGCCCUUGAAACCUGUCACCUUCCCAGGGGUGACUAAGGAGGACUGCUGGGGAGACACAGUGCAGCAUGCCCAAAGCUCUCAGACUGUGGAGAUCAAGAUGUCCAACAACACGGACAUAACAUUCAGUGAGCCCUUAUACUACUUGCAGAGUGGGCAUGUACUAGUGGACCCACCACCUCUGCUGUCUCCAGAGUCCACUAUCAACUGUUCCUUUGUGAAGAAGAGCUCCAGCUUCCAGGGCACUGUGGGCAUACUGGUCUACCAGGGCCCAAGUGUUCACUUGGCAUUGCUGUUCUCUGUUCCCUUCAACUAUGCCCUUCACAGAAUUGAGUUUGCCUUAGCCAUCAUAACUGAGCCAGUCUCCAGAGACCUGGAGAGCGUCUUUGAUGACAUCAUUCAGGGCAAAGGGUCUCCGGAGCUAAAGGCAGCAAAGUGUGAUCUUCAGAUUCCUCAUGGGACCCUGAAGCUGGAACACGAUUCCUUGAUCAUCAGAGCCACAAUGUCCAACAUCCAUGUGGCUAAACUGGAUGUAGUGGUUGAGACCAAAAAAGCUCCUUAAAAGUCUCUUUCCUCCAUCCAUAGCUGCUCGUCUUAUACUUCUAGUCACAUUGCUUGGCUCUGUAAAAAGAGAGACCUCAACUGAAAUCAUGGUCCGUCUCUGCAGAGCCAAGGAACUCUAAGAAGACAACUAUUCUGUAAAUGCUUGCUGCUUGACCAACAGAUUGAUGAUGCAUUUCUUAGUCUCUCAGCACCCUCCUGCAUCCUGUGUCACCCAUGAUGUCUCCUUUAUUCUUCAUUCCCUGCCAUGCUGGUGUGGCUUGCCUUCCACACUUUUCUCCCUCAACAACUUCCCUUCCAUCUGCUUUAGAUAGAUACCUUCAUUGUCUGUCUUGUCUGCUGCCUCACCCUUCCUUUCUACUCCUUCCACUAGUAAAUCAGUGGUCAGGCUUGAUGGCUCUGCAUCUGACUUGGGUCCUGGUCCCACGAUUUGCUCACUAUCAGAACACAGGCAAGUCCUUUCACAUGUGAGCCUUACUUUCAUCAUCUGUGGAGUAGGUAAUUGUGUCUGUGUCCUGGGAGGCUCAUAUCAAUUAAGUCCUAAGACCUUAGACCAGCUCUGGUAAAGGCAAAGUUUUCAAGAGGCAUUACUUGUUAUUUUUUUUCCAAGCCAAUAUUCUUUUCUUUUGAUUAAAACAUUGUAAUUUUUAGAUGGUGUAUAAGAUAAUUGGGUUCAUCAUGCCUUUCUAUAGCCAUAGAUAAUUGUAUUUGUUAAUAUUUGUUCCCCAUUACCUCCCUUUGGCCCUACUUCCUUCUCAUGUGGGUCUCCUUCCUCCCUCCAAAAAAUCCUCUCCUGCUCUUGUGUCAUAUGUAUGUGUGCAUAAAUAUGUAUUUUAACCUCAAUUUUGCAUAUAAAAGAAGACAUGCAAUAUUUGUCUUUUUUCUCUCCUAAUUUCCCUCUUGUCAUCUAUCUCUUUGGACUUCUCUCCUGACACCAAAUUGUCCCUCUUUCACUUUUACAACAUACGUAAUACAUAGAGAUAGAUAAGACAAAGAAAUAGAUAGGUGAUAGAUGAUAGAUAUGAGGCAUAUAGAUAAGAUAGAUAAUUAGUAGAUAGUUCAAGGUAGAUAGUUAAGAUAGACAGAUGAUAAAUAGAUGACAGAAGAAUGAUAGUAGGUAGAUACUGAGAUAGCUGUUACACUUAGGAAGGAAAACAUGAUAGUUGUCUUUUUGAGGCUGGGUUAUUUUGCUUAACAUGAUGGACUCCAGGUCUGUUCAUUUCCCACAAACAAUGUAACUUCACUCUUCUUGAUGGCUCAAUAAAUGUAAAGACUGCUUUGAGUUGAA